AAGCAGGACAGAAACUCAAAUUAUUAUCAGCUGAAAGAAGCGAAUGAAUGUGUGUGAGAGAGAGUGUAAGAAAAGAGGAAGACCUCGAAGAGAUGAGAGAAGUGUCAGCAGAGCUGUGGAUUUAUGCUGUCCGGUCUUGACAUCCCUCCCUCCUUUCCUCCUCCUCUCCUCCCCCCCUUCAGCAGGCGGGCUUUUUGUGGCUGACCAUGCGAGGAUCCUCUCAGUGCUGCGGGAAUCUCCUCUCCUCCUCCGGACAGUUCUGCAGCUCUCGUUCUGUGGCUCAUUGACCCCGACGCAUCCUUAACAGUUGUAUUUUUCACAAGGGAACGUCUUGGACAAGGAGCAACGCAACUUUUGGACUGUGUAGAUGUCUCCUUUUUCCUUGUGCUCAAUAAUUGAUGCAGUUUCUCUGCUGCUGCUUUGACCGUAUCCACAGGACGGGAUCAGGGAGGAAGGUCGGGACUGUGACCCCCGCAUCAUCCCUCAGUGUGUCCUUUCUGUGUUGUAGACUGCAUCUUCUUCAUCCUCCUCAUCCAGCAUGCAGGUCUCAAUCGCUUGCACAGACCACAAUCUGAAGGGUCGAAAUGGGGACCAUGGAAAAACGAACGCCACCAGCCCCAACGUGGUGAAUGCGGCACGGGCAAAGUUCCGCACGGUCGCCAUCAUCGCCCGGAGCUUUGGCUCUUUUACCCCACGCCACCACAUCUCCCUCAAAGAGUCCACCGGCAAGCUCACCGGCAUGAAGUACCGGAACCUUGGGAAAUCUGGAUUGAGAGUAUCAUGCCUCGGUCUGGGCACAUGGGUGACAUUUGGAGGACAGAUUUCAGAUGAAGUGGCGGAGCAGCUGAUGACUAUAGCGUAUGAGAGCGGGGUAAACCUUUUUGACACCGCAGAGGUGUAUGCUUCUGGAAAAGCUGAAGUCGUACUGGGAAACAUCAUCAAAAAGAAGGGUUGGAGGCGAUCCAGUCUGGUUAUUACAACAAAGCUCUACUGGGGUGGAAAAGCCGAGACAGAACGAGGCCUUUCUAGGAAACACAUUAUUGAAGGUCUUAAGGGCUCCUUGCAGAGGAUGCAGCUGGAAUAUGUAGAUGUGGUCUUCGCCAACCGGCCUGAUAGCAACACACCGAUGGAGGAGAUCGUCAGAGCCAUGACCUACGUGAUAAACCAAGGCAUGUCCAUGUACUGGGGGACCUCACGAUGGACAGCUAUGGAAAUAAUGGAAGCAUAUUCUGUAGCGAGGCAGUUUAACCUGAUUCCUCCAGUGUGUGAGCAGGCAGAGUAUCAUCUCUUCCAGAGGGAGAAGGUCGAGGUGCAGCUGCCUGAGCUCUACCAUAAGAUAGGUGUGGGCGCCAUGACAUGGUCUCCUUUGGCCUGUGGGAUCAUCACUGGAAAGUAUGAAAACGGUAUCCCAGAAUCCUCCAGGGCAGCUAUGAAGUCAUACCAGUGGCUGAAAGACAAGAUAGUCAGUGAGGACGGACGAAAGCAGCAGGCAAAGCUGAAAGAACUCGGUCAUAUUGCUGAGAAGUUGGGCUGCACUUUGCCUCAGCUCGCCGUAGCCUGGUGUCUGCGGAACGAGGGAGUGAGCUCGGUACUACUAGGAACCUCAAAUGCAGAGCAGCUAACUGAAAACCUGGGAGCCAUACAGGUUCUUCCAAAGAUGACAUCCCACGUGGUCUCAGACAUUGAUCAUAUACUUGGGAACAGGCCAUACAGUAAGAAGGACUAUCGAUCCUAGGGGCUCUGGACGCAGGCUCAGGGUGAAGAGAGAUAUGUAUGUAGCAGUGUUCGUGCCCUAGUGGUUCCUGCUCCGAAUCUGUUUUCAUCAUCGGUCAGACCUCUCUGUGAAGCCUUAGAGUGCCGUCCUCCAUAACCUGUUUUCUGCAUCCCCUCUGUUUCUGCUAGUGUGCCUUUGCACCCAAACACAGCAAGAAUCCCCUCGACUGGUGUCCAGGUGUCACCUUGUUACGGCACCUUGCAGGAGAGCUUCACUGACAAAUGUGAUCUAUGAACCUUAUAAACACCCAUGCUUGGCCUCUGCUCUCAAAACCAUCAGCCACCGGGAUGUCUGGCGUAUUAGCACACACACAGAGUGGAGGAACAGAGCAUGUUGCCCUCUUGUGUUCAAACGCAGCAACUGCAAACCUGUUUCACAGACUGUAGAGCACAGACUCAGUGGAACAGUGUGCAUUCACAAAGAUUCGAGCUGUUUUGCCUGUGCAAGAAUGCCUGUAUUGAUAUUUUAUGAGGGAUAUUUUAAAGACAUUAUGCGUGUUUGCUUUAUAAUGUGAGCCACAGGUACAUGUGGUAGAAAAAUAAGUAAAUGCACACAUCUGACCUAUAGAAAAUUACUUGAGCGAGAGUAGCAUAAAUCUAUGAAUACAUGCUUACUGAACAUGCAACUGUAUUAUAAACCGACCUCAAUCCGCACUGCAGUCUAAAUAUACAGUAUUAGAGUUGAUCUGACAUGCGUAGAAUAUAUUAUGCCAGCAGCCUAAUGCAUUCAUGGUAAUGUUUGAUUAUAAAUGAGUGACUUGUUUUUCCUUUUAGUAACAGUAUGGAAGAUAUUCAGAGGAAAACAACUUAAAGGGAUAACCUUGUGAA